UGAACGAGAAGGCAAACAAAAAAAAAAAUUGAGAUUGACGUGCGGAGUCAUUUAAACAAAUAUAGAUACUAACCAUGUGAAAUGUAGUAGGCAGACGUUUGAGAACGUACCUGGUUAGACAAUAUAUUGAUAAAGCAAGAGUGAGGGAGGGAUUGGAGAAAAACAAGCUCCUCAAAAUGGCAGAACGGGUCAACAACUUCCCCCCGCUGCCUCGGUUCGCGCCCCGCUUCUUAAAGCCGUGCUUCUACCAGAACGUGGAGGAGGAGAUCCCACCCCCGCACCGGCAGCUUGUGCGCAGAGUGUACAACCUGUGGAUCUUGUACUCUGCCACGCUCUGUGUGAACGUGGUGUCCUGCAUAGCCUGGUGGGCAGGCGGGGGAAGCGGAGUCAAUUUCGGCCUCUCUCUGCUCUGGCUCAUACUCUUCAGCCCGUGUAGCUACACCUGCUGGUUCAGACCACUGUACAAGGCCUUCCGGGCGGACAGUUCUUUCAACUUCAUGGCCUUCUUCUUCGUGUGUUUCCUCCAGUGUGUGCUGGUCAUCAUCCAGGCUGUGGGCAUCUCAGGCUGGGGGGCAUGUGGCUGGAUCGCGACGGUGAUGUUCUUCAGCUAUAACGUGGGCUCGGCUGUGGUGAUGCUGUUCUCUGCUCUGCUCUUCUCUCUGGUGGCAGUGCUGAUGGUGCUGGCUCUGUACAGAGUGCACCGGCUGUACCGCGGCGGCGGGGGCAGCAUGCAGCGCGCCCAGGAGGAGUGGAGCAGCGGGGCGUGGAAGAGCGCCUCCGCCCGCGAGGCGGGCUUCAACGCCAUCUCCGUCAGCGGGCCCAGCCUGCCCCAGUACCCCGCCGCCGUGCCCAGCUACCCGGAGAGCGGGCCCUGGUGAUGCGAUGCCCUGACCGGCCACUAGAGGGAGCAGUGGAGCCGUUCCUAACCAUCUCAGACCCCGCCCCCUCCCCCCCCCGGCUCCACUUUCCCCGCCACACUCUGACAGGUGGAAACGGGUGCGCUGCGGUUUUUUAAAAAGCUCUACGCAGACGCGGGGAAGAUUAUCAGCACCCGUGCGGGGCGUAGACGCUAACCGCCGCUGCCCCGCCCUCCCAAACAGAUUCCGAACGGCCGCGUUGCCCACGGCAACUCCGCUGGGCUAAGACCACCGUUGGAAACAUUCCUGAAGGCCUUUAAAAAAAAAAAAAAAAAGAAAGAAUUAUAUGCACAUAUGCGUAAAUUGUAAAUUGUAAAAUGAAAAAAAGAUUCAUUCUGGUCAUCGUCAUUCCAUAUUUUGUUUACAGAGAACAAUUGGGGUUUUUCCAAAAUAUAUAUAUAUAUUUUUUUUUGCCUGUCAUGGAUAUUGUAGAAAUAUGAGUCAAAGCACUUAUCGCAUAUCUCAACAUUUCUUUUUUCAUCAAAUCCAUUAUCUGUUCACUCAGUUGGGUCGUGGAAUUGCACUGAUGGCAAGAGCAGAUUUAUUAGUCUGGAGUAAUAACCACCUUUUUAAAAAAAUUAUCCCCAAUCAGUUCAAAUUAAUCGGUUCGGUAGGGUUAGACAAGUUGGGGAAACCCCAGCCAUGUGACAUAUUGACAUUGUAGCUGACAGUACGGUAGACUUUAUAGAAUACACAGAGGGGCGCAUUGGGUUUUGAAUGUUAGAGUGGGUAUUGCUUUAUUAGACAACUCUGGGGUUUAAACCAGGAGUACACUGGGACUCCUGUUCACUUUCGCUGCAUCGUUAGCUUUGAAGCUUUAAAAGUCUUUCUAGAAGCCUAGCGCAUUUCUCGGUUUACGUUUGUGAGAUUUUUCAGCGCACUCUAGCGCAGCUUUAAACGCGAGCUCGUUGAGACAAUCCUUCCGCGGAAUGACAUUUCGUCCCACUUCCUGGGGUUAAACGUUGCGCUCGGUCGCAGGCGUUCGGUGGAGCAGAAGGGUCGGGUGAGUCGCAGGGAGGGGGGUUUUAUGGAAAAUCGGGCUCCGUUCCAAUUUAUCCUCUUAAGCCCCGACUUUGGGGGCGCACCAAUCCGGCGUUAGCGAUGUGGGGGAGGGUCUGUGAUCUAGUCACGCCCAUCUCCUCUGCUGGACUUCCAUGGAAGAAUGAGUGGCUCAGUUUGGGGGGGGGAGGAGGGGGGUGGGUGAUAUCAUUGCAUGUGUCCAGCACAAAACUGAACCUCCGGCAAAGAAAAUGGCCGCCAGCCUCAUUUCCGCUUAAAACCGCUGACCGAACACAACUGACAUAGUGAAGAGACCG